AUAGUAAAUGGAGAAAGAAGAAGAGGCACUCUUGCUGGCUCCUCUUUUCUCGCGAAUUUUCUUUCUCUGUCAAACUAUUUUUCUCUCCCACUUCCAGAUUUUCUCGCUAUCCAAACACCCUUAGUCUUAAGCUCCCUUCAGCUACUCUGCUUCCGUUGAGAUCUCUCUCUUUCUCACUGAUGGCUUUUUCUUUUACGGCAAACGAGAACUCUUAAACCUGCUGCAAAUGAAAGCAUUUGGAGAAAUUAAAGCCAGUGCUAUCUCCAACUCUAUUUCUUAUUUUGUGAAGCGCAUCUCAACCCUGAAGCUACAUGAUGAAUCGCUUGACCAUUGAGACUGAAGAUUCAUUUGCAAGUUUGCUUGAGCUUGCAGCUAAUAACAAUGUUGAAGGUUUCAAACGAAUGAUUGAGCGGGAUCCUUCCUGUGUAGAUGAGGUAGGACUAUGGUACAGCCAUCGGAAGGGAUCAAGGCAGAUGGUCAAUGAGCUCAGAACACCAUUGAUGGUUGCUGCUACUUAUGGCAGCAUUGAUGUUAUUAAACUGAUUCUUUCACUUUCGGGUUGUGAUAUUAAUAAACCUUGUGGGCUCGACAAAAGCACUGCCCUUCAUUGUGCAGCAUCAGGCGGGGCUGAGAAUGCUGUAGAGGUUGUUAAACUGCUUCUAGCAGCAGGGGCUGAUCAAAAUUCUGUGGAUGGAAAUGGUCAUCAUCCGAUUGAUGUCAUUGUUGUUCCUCCUAAGCUUGCAUCUUUGAAAAAUAAUCUUGAAGAACUUCUUCAAAUUGAUGAUUCCAUUGCGGUGUGUAAUCUUAGGGUGACCACGGCUCCAUCAAACACAUAUUCUCCACCUUUGUCUGCUUCACCAGAGAAUGGGUCUCCUUCUGCACCAGAUUUACUGUUGAAGUUAAAGCUAAAUGAUGGCCAUGUUUCUUCUGCAUCAGAGAAGAAAGAAUAUCCUGUUGAUCCGUCCCUUCCUGACAUCAAGAAUAGCAUAUAUUCAACUGAUGAAUUCCGAAUGUAUUCUUUCAAGGUUCGACCUUGUUCACGUGCUUAUUCACAUGAUUGGACUGAAUGUCCUUUUGUUCAUCCAGGGGAGAAUGCCCGGAGAAGGGAUCCGAGAAAGUACCAUUACAGCUGUGUCCCUUGUCCUGAUUUUCGGAAGGGUGCUUGCAGACGAGGAGAUAUGUGUGAAUAUGCUCAUGGAGUUUUUGAGUGCUGGCUGCAUCCAGCACAAUAUCGGACUCGUCUUUGCAAGGAUGGGACAAGUUGCUCCAGAAGAGUUUGCUUUUUUGCCCACACUGUUGAGGAACUUCGGCCAUUAUAUGUUUCAACUGGUUCUGCUGUACCAUCACCCCGCUCAAGCACAUCUUCUGCUAUGGAUUUUGCUGCAGCCAUGAGCAUGUUGCCUGGCUCUCCUUCCUCAAUGUCUGUCAUGUCUCCUUCACCAUUCACUCCACCUAUGUCACCCUCUGCUAAUGGCAUGCAACACUCAUCUGUUGCUUGGUCCCAACAAAAUGUCCCAGCGUUGCAUCUGCCAGGGAGUAGUCUUCAUUCCAGUCGUCUGAGAUCUUCCCUCAAUGCCAGAGAUAUUCCUUUGGAUGACUUUGACUUGUUGCCUGAAUAUGACGUUCAGCAACAACAGCUCCUUAAUGAGUUAUCUUACCUCUCUCAACAGUCUAAUACUAUCAACCGCUCUGGCCGCCUGACCCCUUCAAAUCUUGAUGAUAUAUUCUCUUCUGAGAGUUCAUCCCCUCGAUUUUCUGAUCCAGCAUUGGCUUCAGCUGUUUAUUCACCAACACAUAAAUCGGCUGUCCUUAACCAAUUUCAGCAGCAGCAAAGCUUGCUGUCACCUGUGAGCACAAACUUCUCUUCUAAAAAUGUUGACAAUCCCUUAUUGCAGGCCUCUUUUGGGGUUCAAACAUCAGGAAGGAUGUCUCCACGGAAUGUAGAACCUCUUUCUCCAAUGAGCUCUAGGAUUUCUGUGCUGGCUCAACGUGAGAAGCAGCUACAAUUUCGCAGCCUUAGCUCCAGGGAACUUGGCUCCAAUUCUACUACUGUUGCUGCUGCUACUGGUUCUCCUAUCAAUUCUUGGUCAAAGUGGGGACCCUCCAAUGGUACAUUGGAUUGGGCUGUCAAUUCAGAUCAAUUAGGUAAGCUACGUAGAUCAUCGUCAUUUGAGUUUGGGAAUAAUGAAGAGGAGCCUGAUUUGUCAUGGGUCCAGUCACUUGUUAAAGAAUCUCCAUCUGAGGUUAAGGAAAAUUUGGCUGUCUCAAAUGUUGAAGCAGCUGGAUCCUCUGGUGAGGUUUCAAAUACGCGUGCACAAAUGGAGACUGUUGAUCAUGCUGUGUUAAGAGCGAGGCUUGAACAAAUGAAGCUUGAUCAUCUUGUGGCUCAGCAAAAUUAAAAUAGGUCUUGCUGACCCGAGGUAGUCAACAAGAAAAGUUUCAGUAAAUAAAUAUAUAGUGCUUAUUUGAAGUUUUGUUGGUGUUGAUGGAAGAAGAUUAUAGUAACCAUGAAAGGAAGUAGAAAGAGGAAAUUCAUUUUCAAACUUAGUGUUACAAGAGUAACAUAGGAAAGUCAAGAAAACUACGGGGUAGUGUUUAGACAACUGCUCACAGUGUAGGGUUUUUUGGCUGCCAAUAUUUCAAGUCUUAGGUUCACAUUCCUGUAUUUUUUUCCUUCCAUAAUGAGUAAAUGUUCUAUCAAAAUGAAGCUCUAUUCUGAAGUUUAAUCCCUCCUUUUCCUUUUCUUCCUUUCGUUUUUGGGUAGAAAAAGAAAUUACGAGGGUCAUUGGAGUUAUAAUUUACUUAAGACUCCCUAUCGGUCCAGUUUUGGGGGUGAAAAUACAAGAUGCUAGAUGAUAUUUCUCUACGUAAUUUGGAUAACAUAAUAGUGGAUAUGGUAGGGUGGGGGUAAAUUAGAGAUCUUGGAAGAUUGUUACUUCCAUGUGUAGCAUUCAAUUAAAGUUUGUUGCUGUAUGAUUCUAAUUCCUUUCUUAAUCCAACUUGAUCCCGCCAUUACAGUUCCUGAUUGGCAAUUAAAUACUUUAUGCCUUAACUGUUCUGAACUUCCAAAUCCUAUUUAUGGGUUUGGUGCUGUAGAAUACUAGAAUAUGCAUAGAUUUCAAUUAUAUCAAUAUAUUUUCAUGGAUUCUCCCCCUUUCUUUACAUGAUAUGGAGAUUUCAAUUAAUAUUUAUAUAUUUUCAUU